AUCCUGGUUUCCUACCUCUGGGGAGAUGCACAACUCCUCCUUUAACGAGACAGGUCAUUUGGAAGGAGCAUUGGAAGCUGCUAGGCAACCUGAAGACCACAGUGGAAGGCUUGGUGUCCACCAGCAACCCGAACGUCUGGUCCAAGUAUGGCGGCUUGGAACGGCUCUGCAGAGACAUGCACAGCAUCCUCUACCACGGGCUCAUCCACGACAAGGUGUGCUGCAGACAGAAGGACUACUGGCAGUUUGUGAAGGACAUUCGCUGGCUGAGUCCCGGCUCUGCUCAUCACCUGGAGAAGUUCAUCAGCCUGCAGGAGAGUGGCCAGCCUGACCCAGAGGGCCCGGGGGACCAGGCCAUCGCGCAGCUGUGGCUGCAGCACAGCCUGCAGUGCCACUGCCUGUCAGCGCAGCUGAGACCGCUCCUGGGGAACCGGCAGUACAUCAGGAAAUUCUACACAGACACUGCCUUCCUUCUCAGUGACGCCCACGUCACGGCCAUGCUGCAGUGCCUGGAGGCUGUGGAGCAGAACAACCCCAGGCUUCUGGCUCAGAUUGACACCUCCAUGCUGGCCGGCACGUCACUGCCAUCCCUGUGCGCGUCAGGUCCUUCUGCCGGGACAAGAGAGAUGUGUGACCAUGAUGCUGAAGGACAGGAGAGCCGUCUGCCUGGGGCACUGGGCUGCCUGGAUGGUUUCGCUGAGAGCCUGCUUACCAGGAAGAGUGAUGGUCCACCUCUGGUGACCAAGAGUCAGAGCCUGACUGCCCUCCCUGCGUCCCUGUACGUCCCUGCUGCAGGCUGCACGCAGCAGCGCUGCUUUGGGUCCUUCUCCAGCCUCCACAAUCCAGCCUCCUCUGGCCUCUCAGACAGGAGACCAGCGAGCUCUUCCAUCAGCUCCAGCGCCAUCCAGCCCCAGGAGCACUGCCUGUCUGCCCGGUCCUCCUCCUUCAGCGAGGGCAGGUCCCCUCUGGAGCAGCCCGGCUCUGUCACACGCUUCCACGUCUCCUCACCCAAAGACCUCUUCUCUCCGGCCAGUGACAUGAGCUCCAGCACCACCAGCCAGAACGAGGACACUUGGACGGGGAGUCAGGAUGAUCCGCAGAGUGAUGUUAACGAUGGGCCGGAGUACCUGGCCAUCGGGAACUUGGGGCGCCGGGGCCGGGCAUGCAGCAGCGCCAGCACCAACAGCACCAAGAGCAGUAGCUCCAAACUCUUCUCCUCCAGCAGCUCCCAGAAGCUGGACUCGGUCUCAUCCCUGGGGGAGCAGGGGGCAAGCGGAGGUGGAAGCAGGGGCCUGAGCCUGUUGCGCCGGUCCAGCUUCUCGGAGGGACAGUCGUCAGCUCCACAGGGCAUCCUCAAGAAGAGCCAUGUGCGCUCGCACUCUGACACCAAUGUGGCUUCGGGGAAGUUGCAUGAGUCCCACGGCGAUCCAGGUGGAGGGAGAGGGCCCGUCUCUGCUUCCACCCAGAGCAGUGAACUGAGCACACCCAGCUCCCUCUACAUGGAGUACGACUCUGGGCAGUACUUGAGCUCGGGGGAAGGGAUGUUCAGAAGACCCUCGGAAGGGCAGUCCCUCAUCAGCUACCUCUCUGAGCAGGACUUCGGCAGCUGUGCAGACCUGGAGAAGGAGAAUGCCCACUUCAGCAUCUCAGAGUCCCUGAUCGCUGCCAUAGAGCUGAUGAAAUGCAACAUGAUGAGCCGGCAGCUGGAGGAGGAGGAGGAAGACAGUGACAAAGAGAUCCAGGAGCUUAAACAAAAGAUACGCAUUCGGCGCCAGCAGAUCCGCACCAGACACCUGUUUCCUACCUGCCAGGAGAUGGGCUCAGACAGUCUUGUGGCGACAGACAGCGGGUCCCAGUUCAGCUCCCAUGGCUCCAUGCGGCUCUCUGACUCUGGCUCCGAUGUGGAAGAGUACGAGAUCCGAGAUGCAGACAUCAAGAGGAACCCAGGCUCCAGCAGGAAGUCCUUUCUCUCCUCAGAGUCCAUAUCUCACUCCUUCCUCAACUCCAACUCGGCAGAGGCCGUGGCCAUGGGCUUGCUGAAGCAGUUUGAGGGCAUGCAGCUCCCAGCCGCCUCUGAAUUGGAGUGGCUGGUCCCUGAGCACGACGCCCCGCAGAAGCUCCUGCCCAUCCCCGACUCUCUGCCCAUCUCUCCUGAUGAUGGAGAACAUGCCGACAUCUACAAGCUGAGGAUUCGGGUGCGUGGAAACCUGGAGUGGGCCCCACCGCGACCACAGAUCAUCUUCAAUGUUCACCCAGCCCCAACGAGGAAGGUGGCCGUGGCCAAGCAGAAUUACCGGUGUGCGGGCUGUGGCAUCCGGACUGAUCCUGAUUACAUCAAGCGGCUGCGGUACUGUGAGUACCUGGGGAAGUAUUUCUGCCAGUGCUGCCAUGAGAAUGCCCAGACGGUCAUCCCCAGCCGCAUCCUGCGCAAGUGGGACUUCAGCAAGUACUAUGUGAGCAACUUCUCCAAAGACCUGCUGAGCAAGAUCUGGAGUGACCCACUCUUCGAUGUGCAGGAUAUCAAUCCUGCCCUGUACCGGAAAGUGAAGUCUCUCAACCAAGUGUGGCUGCUGCGGAUCCAGCUUUUCCACAUGAAGAACAUGUUUAAGACGUGCCGGCUAGCUAAAGACCUCUUAGACUCCUUUGAUGCAGUGCCUGGCCACCUGACGGAGGAUUUGCACCUCUACUCGCUGAGCGACCUCAGCGCCACAAAGAAAGGGGACCUGGUGCCUCGCCUGACGGAGCUCCUGAAGGCAGGCAGCCUGCACGUUGAGAAGUGCAUGCUGUGCCAAGCCAAAGGCUUCAUCUGCGAGUUCUGCCAGAAUGAGGGCGACAUCAUCUUCCCCUUUGAGCUCAACAAGUGCAGGACAUGUGAAGAGUGCAAAGCCUGCUACCACAAAUCCUGCUUCAAAUCCACCCGCUGUCCCCGCUGUGAGCGGCUUCAAGCCCGGAGAGAGCUGCUGGCCAAGCAGAGCAUGGAGUCCUACGUCUCGGACUAUGAAGACGAGCUGGAGCAGCCGGAGGCGGUGGCAGCCACAUGAGCAUGUUGCAGCAGAGAAGCAGAUCGUGGGUUUAUUUACAUGCGUGGCCUUCGUCACCAGAGACUGAGCCACACGGACUGGAGAUGAGGACUGUCAGGAGGCCUGGAGCGCUGUCUCGGAGGGAUCUGUUUUCCCCCAUGCAGUAGUGCUGGGCUGGGGAAGGGGCAUCUUCCGUUGUCCAGGUCUGCUCCAGGUACCGCUCGCACUCCCCGAUGCCUUUGUUUGGGGAAAGGUGGCUGCUCCUGCGUGUCCUGCAGGCAGAACAGGGACCUUUUCGAAGCAGUUGUUCAUGCUGGACCAGGCAGGGCUGUGCUGCCAGUCCCCGUGCCCUGCUCCCCGACAGGGUCCCCUGGGGGGUCAGCACUUUCUGCUCAUCAGCUAUAUACUAGGAAGCUCUGGCCAUGUCUGCUCCUUGGAGGGGGGGAAUCAGCUCUCUGAGUCCUCUGAUCCCCUGUUCUGCUGCUGGGGGUUGUGUGCAUGGAGGGAGGGUGGGGGAUUGGGGUUGGUUGUACAUUUAACAGCUCCCUUUCUCAAUUCUGGCUUGGGACACUGCUGGAGAACAGUUGCUCUCACACCAGGAUCAGAGCAGAGGAGGUGGCAGUUGUGAAAGUGUCAGAUUUCUGCCUCGCCUCUCCGUACUAUCUGUGCUGAGCUGCUUUCCCUGCCCUCCACCCGCAGAGGGGCACUGCCCCCAGAGCAGCCGCAUAAAGGGACCGGUGCUGCCGGGCUUUCAGCAGAGGCAGAUCCCCGUGGCCAGAGGAUGCAGUAAGUGAGGCUUCCAACCCCGCUUCCUCCUCAUGCUGUCAGGCUGUCCUCUUGGGGGGACAUGUCCUCCUCUGAGGGUGACAUGGGACCUCACUCUGGUGGCACCAGCACCUGGCUUCCCUGCAGCUGCCUUCUGCCCGAGACCUGUUGGGAUGCAGGUGAAGGCUCAGCCCUCUGGCUGCAUCCCCCGAGCCUCUUGUCUCGGUUUGUUCUUUUAGGUUGGGUUUUUGUUUUUUAAUCUGCUGGAUUUGGUUUUAUUUUUUUAAUGUGGUUGUUUGUAUUUUUAACUGUGUGUUCGCCCCCCCAAGGAGGUGCUGCUUGAAAUGCCUCUUUAGGGGACAUGCAAUCUGCUCGGGACUCACUGGUAUAAAACCUCCCAGGGCUGUCCUGCUCCUGGUUCCUCACCCCUGGAUGGGGCUGAUGUUUGCCAGGUGUCCUCUCUCCCAGCAGAUCUCCUGCUCCCCUUGGGAGAGGGGUCCCUGAGCCAGGCAAAGCCUCAAGGCUUCCUGGCU